UAUUUACAAUAGUAAAAGUUUGUGAUUAGAAAAUCUAAUUCGCUCGUAUAACAAGAUCUCCUCGUAUCGUCGUUAAUUCUCGAUAAAAUUGUUUUUGUUGGCAAGGAAUGUUAAUUACAAAUACGGUCGCGGUGGAGCUACAGGAGGUUUCUAUUCUGCUUCGUUUCCAGAGGCUCUCGUAGCCCGCGGAUGAGAGCGAUCGCGAGAUCUUGCCGUGUUCUCGCGGGGUCACGUGACUCGCGGUCAGACAGUUAUUUUUUUAGGCAUGAUGGCGCCAAACAGCAGUAUCCACAUUAAUGUAAAUAUAAUAUCGAUUCGGUGCACCGCGCGAGGAAGAAAGCCAUCGGGUGUUCUUACGGAGGCUAUUUGAGGGCGUCGAGCGAGCUCGACAGGAGCCCUCGGCCCAAGAACUCUGAGAGGAAUCCGCUUUCUAGAUAAUAAAUACAUGGACGACUAUGUAGGUGCGCGCGGCUCACCUGCACGUGCCACGUAUCGCUAGCUCACUUGGUAUAGUAGAAUGGCACAGCGAGGCAAACGAAUAAAUAGAAACGACAAUGAUUUGGCGUCUUGCCCAGGCGCAAUCAAAAGGCGCAAAUGUAGGCUGGGUCCAGCGACGGGUACGACGUCGCUGGCAGCUACCAUGGGCCCCUCAGAAGAGGAGGAGACGAUGGCGUCGUCCAGUCAAGGAGGGGCAUCCUGGACCCCCAGACCUCUCAGUGACAUCAAAAUCUCUAGUAUAUACAAUCGCUCCUCCGCCGAGGCUCCUGCAGAAUUAUUUCGUAAGGAUUUGAUCAGCGCCAUGAAAUUACCUGACAGCGAGCCGCUAAGUCCCAAUGAAUAUUGGGUUAUCACCGAUCAGUGGAAGCAAGAAUGGGAGAGAGGUGUUCAAGUACCUGUUAACCCAGACUCCCUUCCUGAACCUACAGUUACUAUCACGCAGGCAGCACCCGUAAAACAACACACUGAAUUCAAACUACCUAAAAAAUUCGUAAGGAUAUCUCGCGACGAUUACUUCAGUCCUGAAGAUCAUCAUUUAAGCACAACACCGGCACGAGCAGAAAAAGCUUGUGCUUAUGACCUUGAUGACACUGAUAUAGCUUGGUUGGAUGUGUUAAAUGGCGAACGUGCACAGUCUGGUCAGUUGCCAAUCACGGAAACACAAUUGGAGCGCGUGAUAGAGGAACUGGAAGUUCGUUGUUGGGAAAGAAUACAGACUAUUGUAAAAAACGAGGAAGGUCUUGGUAUCGAGUAUGACGAGAACGUAAUCUGUGAUGUCUGUAGAUCUCCUGACUCCGAGGAAGGGAAUGAAAUGGUAUUUUGCGACUGCUGCAAUAUAUGCGUGCAUCAAGCGUGUUAUGGAAUUACUUCGAUACCGGAUGGUUCCUGGCUAUGCAGAACCUGUUCUCUAAGUCAACGACCAGAUUGUGUUCUCUGUCCUAACAAAGGUGGUGCUAUGAAGUGUACUCGUAGUGGCCAAAAGUGGGCUCAUGUCUCUUGUGCUUUAUGGAUCCCUGAAGUCAGCAUUGGUUGUGUCGAAAGAAUGGAACCUAUCACUAAAAUAUCCAGCAUUCCGCAAAGUCGAUGGGCCCUGAUAUGUGUGCUGUGUCGAGAAAGGGUCGGUGCUUGCAUCCAGUGCAGUAUAAAGACAUGCAAGACGGCUUAUCAUGUGACGUGUGCCUUCAAGUAUGGCUUGGAAAUGAAGGCAAUCAUCGAAGAUGAAAUGGCCGACGAUGGAGUAAAAUUAAGGUCAUACUGCCAGAAACAUAGUAGAACGAAUACGAAAGAUAAAGUUCAAGGCGCGGGAGGCAAUAUAGGAAGCGGAGCUGAGAAAGCAGGAUCGGACUCUGAAGACGCAGAAUCCAGAAGGCGCAAGAGGAAAGAUAUGACUUCUGAGGAGAAAAAUCAAGCUCGUGCUGCAAAAUUGCAAGAAAUCGAAGCAGAAUUCGAUAAACAUGUGAGUUUGAAGGAUAUUGCUUCGCAGCAGUUGGACGUGGAUCCCGAAGGCAUUGUCUACAUUUAUAAUUAUUGGAAACUAAAAAGAAGAGCUGGUCACAACAAGCCAUUACUGGCACCACGUUGUGGAGAACUUUCUGGUAGUGGAUCGCGUAAUCAGGGACAAGCUGCUGAUCUCGAAAAGAUGAGGACGUUCGUUCAACUACGUCAAGAUUUGGAGAGAGUCAGAAAUCUGUGUUACAUGGUCGGCAGAAGGGAAAAACUUUGCCGAUCUUUCCUCAGAUUGCGAGAACAAACCUUUCAUAAACAAGCUUUGGUAAUGUCUGGCCCACCAUUACCGUCAGCUGCUGCCGCUGCUGUAAUGGAAGCCAAUCACGGGCCUUCGAUCUAUGAUCGGCUGUAUUCUCAUCCCGACUCGGAAGAUCACACUCACGACUUUGACUUAAUUGUUGCCAGAAUCGCUGGUAUAGAUUCACCGACCAGCGACGAGAAGAAGCCGCAACAACAGCAACAGCAACAACCUCCCCAACAACAACAAGACUUCAAUGGUGCCUCCAGUAAAAAGUUGUAUUUCAACGGCUCCGUCCGAAGAAAGAACCUCUACGGCAGUGAUCUAUCGUCCGUCAGUAGCAGUGAAACAGAUGCGACGAAGGUGAAAACAUCGGAAAAAUCGAAGAACUUGAAGCUGGAAAGUGAGUCAAGCACAGAAGAGGAAACCAACGUUCCGUCGAAAACGAAGUUAUCGCGUAGAAAGACAAAAAAGACUGCUCAACAAGUGGACAAGUUGCAUUCAACGCUUAAAGAGAACAGUGAGAACGAGAAACUCGUGAACAGUAGAUCGCACACACUUCAACACAUGGAAAAGGAGUUAGGAAGCGCUUCCGGUAGUGAAAGUGACGAAUUGCUGCCGUUGAGUGCCGGAGGUACGAAACACGUUGUUGCUUCAGCCAUUUAUUCAGACACCGACUCCGAUUCUCAAGAACACGCGUCUCAUUCGGCAGUGCUAAUCACGAAAGCAGCCGUCAAGGAAUUUUCCGCGGCGAACCUGUCGAAAAAUUCGCAGAAGAGCUUUGGUAAAGAUUCUAGGCACACGGAGUCAACGUAUCACAAUACAGGAACGAAAAAUAAAGAAAAUCAAAGUAAAGGCGGUGCUAAAAAGAAGGAGUACAUACCAUCCGCGUUGAUCGUGCCGCAAAGACAGGCCGCGAAGAAAGCAUCCGAAAUUAUGCAACGUACGCAACAAACCAAGAAGGACAAUUCAGUGCCCGAGGUUACGUCAGAAGCGGUUACAUCUCCCGUGGAGGAGCUUCCUAAAUGUUCCACGAAACAAUCAAAAGAGAAGAGUCCGAGCAAGAAGCAGAGAGAGAAUAAGCCGUCGAAAGAAACAAAGAAUAACGAUGUGUACGAUUUUGAUAAGGAAUUUGGAGAUGGAACGGAGAUCUUGGCGUACGUACCUCAAAGGCAGGCUGCAAAGAAAGCUGCAGAACACAUCAAGAGUGGAAUGGGUACUAAGCCUGCUACGCAAGUCGAACAACAAGAAAAUCCCGAUGGACGGUCGAAAAAGGAAUCUCCAGAGAGUGGUAAAAGAAAGGAACCUAGGAAGGAAGAUUCUUCUUCUAGAAAAGACGAACUUCCUUUAAGGAAGGAAGAAACUUCCUCGCCAUCAUCAUCUUCUUCUUGCUGUUCUUCAUCCUCUUCGUCUUCUUCAUCGUCGUGUUCUUCUUCAUCCUCCUCGUCAUCUCGGAAAGAAGUUUCGUCUGGUAAAGAAGAAUUGGUCGCGAAGAAGGAAGAGCCCUCGUCCAAGAAGGAAGAAGUUCUUUCGAAGGACAAUUGUUCCAGGAGACCUAGGAAACCAAGUGAACGAAAAUCUGUACUCUCGAGUAACAGCGACAGUAACAGUAGUAGCAACAGUUGCAGUAGCUCCACUGGAAGCAGUAGCGAUUCCGAGAGUCCGGCACGUAGGAGACUCUCGAACGAACUUAAGGAAGCUUCUGCUUCCACUACUUCCUCCGAGAGCGACGCUGGUAACAGAACGAAAACAAAAACGACCACGACAAUGGUUGCUGCCGCGGCAAAUAGAAAGCAACAUCCUAGUAAAACGUCACCAGACCGAGAAGCUGACAAGAAACCAAUCUCAGGGCGGAAACUCAAGAAGCUGCCCGAGAAGAAGCUUAAAACUUCCGACGGGCGGCGGGGACCAGAGUUUCAGCCGCCUUCUGAGAGAGAGGAACCUCGUAGAACCUCCAAGGAUCAGCAUCAACAACAGAAACAACAGCAACAACAGGAGGCAACUGUCAAGAAGCAGGAUCAAAGAGACAACAAAAAGCAACAACCACCAGCAGGAACGGAGGGUAAUGAGGAUCUGCUCACUGGGGCUGGAGAUCAUGAUGGGUCGAGAAGUGUUUCUGGGUCCAGACCUACCAAGAAGUCGAGUCAAGCUGCUAAACAACAAUCCUUAUCAAGAAAAGAGGACAACAAGAACAAGUCUGAGGGUAGAAAACGAAAACCAAACGAGUCCGUCGCUAAGGAUGAGAAGAAAGAAACGGUUAAGAAGCCGGAGAAACGGUUGAGCGAGAAACAACCUUCCAAGGAGACCGAGAAGAAGGACGAAGAAGAGAGUAGAAAGGACGAACAGAAGGUUAUCGAUCUAGAGAAGAGCGACGAAUGUACGGACAGUUCGUCGAAGAACGACGAGAAGAAAGUUAAGAAGCUCGCGGGUAAAGACGCGGUGAAUAUCUUGGAGGAAGAGAUGAAACAACGCAGAGCUGAGAGGGACAGUCCGAAGAAAUCGUCGAGAGGUUUGGACAAACUUCUGGAGAAACGCGAACAUCUGGACAAGAUGUCCAAGAGCAAGAAUGCGGAAGUUAAACAGGAGAUGACCGUUUGCGAGGAAGAGAAAGAAGAGAAAGAGCCCGUGGAAGAGAUUCAACAACCGAAGGAAAGUAUAAAGGACGAGGAUCGUAAGAACCAUGUGAACGAGGGUGUUAACACGAUCAUCGAGAAACCGAAAGUCGAAGAGCAGUUGGAGGAAGAAGCGAUAAAGAAAGACAUCGCCGAGGCGCCACAACUGGAGAAGACUACAUGUGGAAAGAAAAAGUCCGAGAGAAGUUUGGAAACCACCAUCGAAUCACAGACUACGGAGAUUCUCGUUCCCGUGGAGGAGAACCUUCAGAAAGAAAUCAUCGAAGAAGACCCCGCCAAGUCUGUCGUGGACAAGAUAGAAACUUUGGAGAAGGAGCAUCAGAAGAGGCGGAAGUCCGGGAAUCGAUCGAUCUUCUCGCCACAGCACGGCAAGGAUCCAAGCGUGUCGGAAUUGUUCGAUUUCGAUCAGGACAUGCUCACGGAGGAGAUGGUGAACGAAGACGGUUUCGGUAUAUCGAGGGAUCCAGAGGAGCGAGCCGCGCCGUUGAGUUUCUCUUUCAACAACGAACUGUGGUUUAAGGAAGACUCGAAGGAGGACAGCGCCAGGGAAACUCUGCAUCUCGUCGAAAAAUUGCGUAUGGAGCUCUCGAAGAAAUCAAAUUCUAGUCAGUUCGAGUUAGAGGCAGUACCUGUAGACAGCGAAAUAAAAAAGGAAGAUCCAACGACAGAGAAAGCGUUCGAGCAACAACAGCUGCAGCAACAGCAGCAACACUUGCAGCAGUCGCAACAGCAGCAGCAUAAUCAGCAAUUAGAGAAAGAGACAAAGAUUCUCGAACCCGCGGAAUUAGUUUUGGAUGCGAAGAACAGCGUCGAGAUGCCCGUAGAAGAGGUAGCUAUUAUUGAAGCCCGUCCCGGUAGCUGUAAAGACACCAUCGAGGAGAAAAGAAAGACAUGCUACACCAGCAGUAACGAUAGAUACACGGCCUACGAAGAGGAUCGCGAAACGAACAAGGUCAGUCUGGUGGAACGAUCGAAGCUGGACCGUGCGGAAACGGACGAGAGAUGGGUUCCUCCGAGCAUCAAUAGUUUCGAACAUAGCGACGUGCAACACCUGAACGCUUUAAUGGAGACCCAGAAUCAUCGAUACGGCAACCAUCAGUUCUCCAACGAGUCCAUUCAGGAGAACGAAUCGCUCACUCGUUCUCAUUUGAACGCGGCGGCUAUGCAGGAACAGUAUCUUCUGCAGCAACCGCACACGCUGCUCCACGGCCAGCAAGAAUCCCACGAGAGGACGAUUCUCGAUCAACAAAUCCCCGACGAGAACCCUAUGGAAAUGAUGAACAGACAUCUGAUCGGAUUGCCAGCUUCGGAGGACGAUCAGGCAGCCGAGAUGAUGGACAGAGUGCUCGAAAAGGAGGACGAUGUCGUCAGGCAGCAGGAAUACGAUCAGAAUUCUCCGUACAACGACGUAAACGGCCGACCAGACACCAGAUGGGCGGAGAGCCAAGUUCUGCCGUCCCGUAGAUCAACGUCUUCGUCGAUCACUUCCGCUUCCUCCGCGGAGGAUCAUUCCAUUCCACCAUUCAAGAAUGUCCCGAGCAUUUCUUUUCCGCCAUGUUCCAUGGAACCGACGUAUUACGCGGACUCGAGUUACGGCACGGGUCCUGUGUCGUUGUUCCCGCCUCAAUCUUGCGCAGCCCCGUUGCCAUACCCUUCUCCCGGACCAGCCCUCUUUCCGCCCGCGUUCGGGGCAGCUUUUCCAGCCGCGCAGUCGUUGUUGCCACACGUAAAACCGCUCGAGGACUCGUUAAACCUGCAAGCCUCUCCGUGCACCGCUGCGUUCACGUCUUCCUCGCACAAUAUGGCGCUCACCGCUGCCAUGGUCUCGCCCACAAAGAUAGCCACUCCACCACCGCCGCCUCCUCCACCGCCUCCCCAGGUCGCCCCACCCGUCGAAACCAUCGAUAGGACGCAACAACAACCGCAAACGCAGGUCACCGACUCGCCAUCUCUGCCUAUCAACUUCUUGAACACCGUCGCUCCAGAGAGUCACGUUGCCGAUCCGAUCGUCGAGACCCUGCAAGAAGCCUUAACCGACAACAAGACCCAACACCCCGGGAAGAAAUCGCCUUCUAAGCCUACCAGAACCUCCGCUCGAGUGACGUCGCUGCAAGGAAAGUCGCCAGGGAAGUCCCCGCGGCAGGAACCCCAGAGGACGGUCUCUGGAGCACGUGGACGUGGCAGAGGUGCCAAGAGUUCGGCCCAACACUCCAGUUACAGGAGUCGCGGGCGUGGACGAGGGAGAGGACGAGGCAGAAGCGUCCAGAACGCUGGGCUCUCGUUGGUCUCCGGCGCAAUCGUCGGCCAGCACGAUGAUUCUAUUCAAAACAAACUCGUGGGCACCGUCUACGACUUCGAUUCCGACGAAGACUCCACCAGCGAGGCGAACAUUGCUGACCUGCGCACCAUGAGGGAAAGGAAGAAGUCUACCGAUGCCGCGACCGCGGGCGUGGAGAGGAGAGACACCACCGUCGUGGCUUCAGAAGCGGUUCAGACGAGACUCUCCAGUCCUGGAGGCGCGAGGAAGUAUCUGGAAGACAGGAGACUCUCUUGUUCUCCAGGUCGCGACGACUCCGCUAUCGUAGAAAGCGAGUCAAACGCCGGGCAAAGCUUCGAUGCCGUCCUACCACUCAUUCCUGGCCCCGUCGACAUGAGGACGUACAACUCCACCCUCGAUGCUUCGAGCUCUUCCACGUUGCACGGUCAGACCUACGAGAACCAUUUCCUGCGCACGUUUACCAGCGUCUCUACGAGCGACCCCGCCCUUCCGGAUAUCGAGGAAGACCUGGACAAGGAGCUGAGGUUGAUAGGGAAACAGGGACAGGAGGACUGCUCGAAGCCGAGCUUCGAUGCGAGCAUCGACGCCUCGUCCUCCGGUUUCGUCGACGCCAACAAGGUCUCUUUGACGGACUCGAGGAAUCAGCUGAAGGUCAAAAUCAAAGGGCCGUUCUUGGACGCGAACUACGUACCCGCCUCAUCGGUACCGCCUCUGGCUCAACAAGCACCUGUAAUCAUCGCUCCAGCCGCCACCAGUGCUUCUGUCGCGUCGGGCACCUCGAAUCUCCGACGAAUGAGGAAGAAAGAGCUGCUCAGGCAGUACUGUUCCCAGGAUAUGAACAUGGACGAGCCAGGGUCUGGUAAUCUGGCAACGUCCGCGCCGAUCAUCAUGCCACCGAUUAACCGCACGGUGAUCACCAUACCGAAGGCGGUGGCGUCUAUGACCAGCAUACCCACCAGAGAGGACUACAAGGCUGUCGUCGAUGCCAACAUGGAGAAGAAACGAAGAAAAGAAAGACCAGCAGGGUUCCUGGACGCCAACGAGGAGGAGGGACCCAUGGAGAGACGGCGGGGUAGUGCUACUAACGGUGCCAGCUCCAGCGGCAACGUCACGGUCGGGAACACCGACCGUAGACGAGGCAGGCAGAGUAGCGGCGGUAGAUCGACGACGACCACCACGUCGACCACCACCACGAACAGCGGCCCACCGAAACUCAAGAUCAAGAUCGGCAACAGCAUAAUCGGCGGCCAGGAGACCGGCCAGGAUGACAGGACGAGGAUCAGGCCUCCCAAGAAGCGGUUGAGCAGCAUACCUAGCAGCACUCCUAGCAUAGAGGAGCUGCGCAGGGAAAGCAUGAAGUUCAGGCGUAUGAUCAUGGCCGGUUUCGACAAUGACGAGAAGCUCCGGGCGAAGAGUAAAAAGGACAAGAACGGUAAAAGGAAGAAACGACAGUCGAGCAGGAAGGAAGCCAGGGUCCGUAUCCUCGAAGGUGGAGCUGCCCCGCCUAAGCUGAUUAUCAGAUUAGGCAAAGGGAACGAUUCGCCGGACGAACUGCCGAUCCUGGUCACGGACGAAGAGGAAGAGGAGGAGGAGGAGGAGGAACGUAAUCCAACCGACAGCAGGGUAGGGCCACCACCGCCUGAGCCUGCCAAGGACGAGACCGUUUACCCAGCGGUAGUCGCCACCAUCGAGGAGAAGCAGCCUACGGAUCCAAACACUGGUGGCAGCGCGCCCAGGAACGUUCGUUCGGCCAAGGUCACGCCAAUCAGGUUAAAAUUGACGCGUUGCCAGGAGGGCUACGAGCUGAAGGGCUCGCCUGUCCACGGCGAGGAGUCCGCUUCGACGACGGAGAAACCGCCGAGUCCUGAACCAACGAACGAGGAGACGAGGGAUCCGCCGGUUAAGAAUCAAGAGGAGGACUCCUCCAGGGAGGAGGAAGACGACGAAGAAGAAGAGAGCAAUAGCAAUUCCGUGCAAAGAGACUCCACCGCGUGUCCUGCCGCGACAAGUAUACCGCAGGGAUGCCAAGUUAGGUGAUAAUUAAUGAUACUCGUGGAGUAAUGGAGCAGAGGACACGGUGCUCGUAACGAUAGUUUUACGGUCGAUCGAAACGGACUCGAUACAAUAUACGCUUACCGGUUGCUAGCCGUGAAAGCGCGUUGCCGUGAUAAGGUGGAAAAGCGUUCCGCAAGGUACAGUUUUCUUUUUACAAAACAAAUAAAAAUGAACGGAGAUUUACGAGGAACGUCGAGCAACUAGGAAUGUUCGGUUGAGAGCUUUGUUAAGAUGACACUGUGCUGUGGCUGUAUCGCCAAUACUAAUUCCAUAUACUAGUAAUCUAUUCUUCUAUCCGUCUAUAAAGUUGUAUCAGCGGUAAAUGUUAUAGGUAUCUGUUAUACACAUGGCGUAAUAUGUUUCUUUAACUCAUACUUGUCAAUUUACUUAAAAUUCAAUUAUUUAGUCAGUUUCUUUCUUUUAAGUUAAAAUUGUAUUUCGUAUUUACGUUUCAGCACGCUAUACUUUGUUUCUUAGUUUGUUUACGGCUUCGUAUAUCCCACAGGUAUGUUGAUAGAUAUACCACGACGCACAAUGUCAUCUACAUUAUCUUUCAUCCGAACGUUUUUAAUUAUUCCACGCUGAUUUUAAAGGAAUUUUCGCACUAACUCGGCUGUAGCAUGCGGGAGGAGUGCUUGAUUGUAACAAGGACUAUUCAAAUUCUAAUUAUGCUUAAUAGAUAAUAUAAAUUUUUAUUAAACUCUUAUAUUACACUGUUAAAGUAUAUGUAUUUUUUUUAUAACGUUUAUCCAAAAAGAAUACCAAUAAUGUAGUGAUUAUUUGAAGGAUAUUCUUUAUUUUAAUACUUUAUAUUAUUUAUCUCAAUAGCUCUCGAGUUCUCAAUUUUUAAGAAUGGUUUCAUCACCCCGACUCUCUUCUCUCUUAAAAAAACAUAAUUGCCAACAACUUCAAAAAGUAUGUCAUAAAAAUCAGCAUGCAAGGAUAAAACGAUGUUCCUUGUUGUUCUCACGAAAUGUCUUUAUUUACGGUGACACACGUUGUUGGGUUUAGUGGAAAAAAAAACUGAACAAACGUGUUUCUUUAAAGAAUUAAGAUUGUGAGAAUGAAAAUCAUUGAUAAUUAUCGUUUCUGCUUUACAGAUAAUCCAGUACAUGGGCGAGAAAUUGAUCGCGUUAAAAGGCCCAAUGUUUUGAGAAGGGAAAUAGUUAGGAGUGCGCGGGUACCCGAAACUUCCUAUCAGAAUCGAGUUACAAUUGAAGAAGUUUCUUACUAUGGAAGUACUCCAGUCUAUUGCGAAAGUAUUCGAACGAUUAUAGCCAAAACUUGUAGUAAACAGAAUAUGUAAGUUAUAAAUGAAGAUUUCAAGGUACUGCUGCGACUGCGAUAAAACUCAAAUAUCGAGAUUAUAUUGACAAAAUUUUAAGUUGAAAUUGAACGACGCUUAUUAGGAAAUGGUGUACACAAAGGAUAGGAAAAUAUUCGAACAUGAAUUGUUGUGUUUUUUUUUUUGUUUUUUUUUUACAUUAACAUUUCGCUUGUUUGAGCGAGGCAGCUAUUACUUUUAACGUCACGCUGUUUAUUGUACAAUCUGAGUGAUACGAGGUCCCGUCACCGAUGAUCGAGUACUGUUUACUUCGGGUACCCGUAACCCUCUAACGACUAUUAUUUCUGCAUUACAGAUAAUUCAGUUUUACGUACUUGUUAAUCCAGAAAAACGCGCACCACAAAAAAAUCGAUGGUGUAAAAGUGUGUACGAAAUCUUAAAACGGAUAAUAGUUGACACGUUGGCAGUAUAUAAAUUUUGCGUAUGACGUCCACUAAAUCUAAAGCACGUGGGACAUCUUUCGAUACGGUAUCUUUUAUAAUUUUGUGCAAGAUAGAACGAAGUUGUAGCGAAAGAACUAUUUAUACUACGCUUUUGGUAAUAUCAACUUUUUUAUCCUUCUUUAAUAGUCUUACACGUUGAAAAUUAUUACAUUUCUUUUACAUUGUUAGCGAACGACUUUUACAUAGAGUUCACCUUCUCACGGCGACGAGAAACGCGAAACGGACGCUCAUUUCGGUGAGAAGGACAAGGUGAUAGCAACUACUAAGAUGUAUACUCGUUUUCGACUCGCUUCAAACGGACAUUCUCCGACGUUAACGAAGAACCUAUGCUCCUCGAGGAAUCCGGUUUUAUUCUUAACAAUACUCGAGAGAUGAAACGGGCGUGCCAUUUCGCGGCGAUGACGACGAAAUGUCUAUGUUUUUCCUUGCGAAAGAACAGACGAAGAACCGGUCGGGGGCCGUUGACGAGGAUUUCCGAUGAAUCUGCCACAAAUUCGUCAGCUUGACGUGGUGAAGUUUGCUUUUGUCUCGUCUACAAAUUGUAUGAGUGAGUGAGAGGGGGAGAGAGAGAGAGAGAGAGAGAGAGAGAGAGAGAGAGAGAGAGAGAGAACGUGCGUGAUUGCGUGCGCGGGUGCGGGUGUGUAUGUAUACGCGUGACUGGAUAGAGAAAAUGGACGAUGAAAAACACGUCUGGUUGGGGAGUAUUAUUGUAACAACCUCGUACACGGUCUCGUCAACCACCUUCGUAGUAAGAACUAGUUAAUUGUACAUACUUGUAAUUUACGAUUGUAUUUAGUUUAAGUCGAUGACACGGAGAGUGGGAACGGAUGAGAGAUUGGGAGACUGAACGAACGUAUGAGAGAAUGAAUGCAUGUAAGAGAGAAUUUUGUAAUCAGUGCGAAGCUUACGUGAUGGCUGUGUUUUACCACGCGGUCCGAUCUUCCAGGCAAUCCUGGGCCGCGCAGAAAUGUUCGGUAACCCCUAACCGCUGGAUCGCUCGAGUGUUCCCCCCGCCCCCGCCCCCGCUCCGAAAAAAAACCACCCCCAACGAGGCCGUCGCUCGACAUUUUUACGUAGUGAAAAAUUAGUAUAAACAAGACGGCUGAGCGAACGUGUACAUCGGGCGGAGAAAUCCGAAGAAAAAUAUAAUUAAAUACCGUCACGAGGACAAUCCAGCUGCCUAGCAGCCUUUUUCAAUGACAUUAAGAAUCGAGUAAACAAUCGUAUAGUCUGUCGCAAUAGUCGUCCACGAUUACGCAGUUGCCCGUAGAGAUACACAUAAAUUUAUAUGUAUAUAUACGCAUAGCGUAACGCAUUCAUCAUAUCGAUCAAAGCAAAUUCGUAAGAACCGUUUAACGCACGCAUUCUUCAUCGUUUUUACGAGUUCAUUUGAUAUUAUAUAGUAUAUAUGUCGAAACGUCGUUCUGUUCUCUUUUUUUUUUUAUAUAUAUAUAUAAUAUAUAUACAUAUAUAUAUAAAAAGUAUAUUUUACACCGAGUACAAUGUUAAUAAUUUAUUUUUAUUUAGUGUAAAUAAGUUCUAUAGACAAAAUACGUUUUUUAUACGAUAGUAUAUAGAAUAUACAUAGUUCGUUCGCUCUUCUGGGUUUUUACGGGUUUACUUUGAGAGGAACGGGCUAUCUCGUCCGAUUGCGUUGAAAUACAUCCGAUUCCCUCGGGGACGGCUGCGUAAUUACGGGGAUUGCGCGCCCCCAUUGGACAUUCGUUAUUUAAAAUGACUAUAUGAGAAGGAUAUGCAACCGAUCGUGAAAAAAUUUGUCCUCGUUUGGAGCUCCGCCGCGGCGACAGUGACAGAGGAAGAAUCCCUCGUUUCGCGGAGGAAACGUGACUUCCGCUUCCUCCUUCGCUGUGCGACGAAAACGUAACUUCUUCGCUCGGAAUCCGGGGUUUCGGAAUUUCUCUGCGCGGACCGGUGUACUUUCACCCUAGAUCCAGUCAGUAAAUCUCGUUACGUCCGCUGUUGCGUAUUUAUUGUUUUUUUUUUCUCUUCGUUACAUAGUAUGAAUUCCGUUCAGUAAACUUUCAAAGUCGAGUCAUGAUUGAGAGGACCAUUGAGGCAAUGUACCUUACGCUACCUUUUCGAGGAUUAUCGUGUUUGUUCUAAUGUAACUUUCUAUUUUCUACAUAUUUUUAACAGAUCCCUCUGGAAGCAUUCGAGAUACAAAAGGCUCUUGAGACAAUAGUACGAUCAAUUUUUAAUAUUUUUUUUUUAGUCGUUGUUUAUUAAUUUUUAUAAAUUAUUGACGAUCGGGGUCGACAAUUCGACAUAUUUAUUUCACUAUAUUGUACGCGCGUUUAUCGUGACUUGGACAUACGAGAUUGUAAUACUUUCGAUACGAGUUUUCAUGUAACAGCGAAAUAUUGUUUUCCUUUUUUAACGUUUAUAAUGUAUCUUGUAACUAGGCGUAUAUCUUUUUUGUUAUUUAUAUCAUUGAUUUUACUAGCAAUCCACGUUUAAUCAACUGUGUGCGGACUCGGCAAUGAAACGUUCAUUUCGGUGAAUCUGUAAAUAAUAAUAUUAAAAAUGCAAAAGGAAAAAAAGUGCAGAUUAUGAUUUCUAAUCGUUUCUGUAAUCGAGUUGACUGGUUCUAGGAUCGAGAGAGAUGUUAAUAUAUACAUUAGUAGUUAGAAUCCUGAAUUCUGAGAGGAGGAAUAACGUUGCGUGUACUGGAACCCGGGGAAAAUGAAAAACUCGCCGACGAUAAGCGGAGCCUUAGCGGAGCCUAUUAUUGCGUUGUGUACAGAGAGGGAAAAAAACGUGAAGAGAGCCAAGCGGAAAUCAUUUUAUUUCGAAUCGUUUCUUACUUACGCUAAGCAUAGAAAACCCGAUAACGACGAAUUUCUCAUAAUCGUUGUACGUGUCCGCAUGUAUCAUAAGUGAGGACGCUUACGACGACCCAGACACAUACGUGAGACACAUAUAUAAAUAUAUAAAUAUAUAAAUAGUUUUAUUAUAUUGCAAAGUGAAAUAAUACAAUAUUUAGCUACUGUAUAUAAUGUAAAAGAAAAAGCUGGUCUUGUAAGAUACGGAUUAAGGUGUUUUAAUGUGCACAUAGCCGCGUCAUUGUCAAUAAUCAUAUUAUUACGAUUAAUAAUAAUUACAGUUUUUUAAAAAAAAAAAAACGAAAA